AUAUCUAAACAACAAUUUUUAUUGUUUACAUGCAUGCAGUGCAUUGUCAGCAAGUAUUCAGCAAAGAACCAAAAGCUAAUCAGGCCUUACGUACCUACAUCCAGUUACUUGUCUGUAUAGAGGUCCGAUGGCUGUUACCGGGGCAACUAAGUGGCCUUGUCCAACCUGUACGUACAGCAACUGGUCGACCAGCUCAAAGUGUACUCUGUGUAGUUGUCCACGACCCAACGAGGUUACUCCGUUUUGGACGUCGUCACGGAAACAUUCCCCCUCAUCGAUCCUAACGUACGGAGGAGACUCUUCAAACGUUCACUCGCCUGAAAUAAACUACAAGAACUCUUUCAGCUCUGAUAGCGGCUCUCAUCAUAAGGGGUCAAAGUGCAAAACAAAGGCGAAAUGGACAUGUGGAGCUUGCACGUAUACCAACUGGGCCAAUACUCAUCAGUGUGUUAUGUGCGGUGCACCAAAGGGUAAGGUAAAAGUCGAAUCGGGCGCUGGAACCAAUCGAUCCAUCUCCGAAUCUAUUCUCGAGUACGCCAGUAGUAAAGGAGCUGUGGGUGGGGCUUGUAUCCAAGACGACCGUGUUCCUCAGGUGAGGCCAUCACGACUGAGGAAAGAAAGCAAAAACGGAAAUUCAAAUGUGGAAAAGAAAUGGAAAUGCCAUCAGUGUACUUUUGACAACUACCCGAAAGCGACUAAGUGUGUCAUGUGUCAGACUAGACGAACUUCGAGUCCUGUACAUGUAUGUGAAGAUACGCCUGCUUCCACACCCUCACCACCCUCACAUCACCCACCCUCCACCAGUCACAACUUCAACCAGUUCUCAUCAAUUUCCCUCCUACACACUCCUCCUAUAAAUGCCAACAAAACGACUGUCAAAUUUACCCCUUCCCCACCCAGCUCCCCUCGACCUUUAUCCUCUAGCUCUGCCGCAAGUCUCAAAGACAGAAACUGUCCACGUGACUCCGAAAGUGAACUAGUGGAGGGGGUGGAGUCUCUAGAAGUAGCACCCUCCUCUCUGCUCAAGAGUGAUAGCAACGAAGUGAGACAGAUUCGAAACCGACUAACGAAUUCCGACUGGCUCUUUCUGAAUGCAUGUUUGGGUAUUGUAAAUGGAGAGACAUCUGCUGUCAAGUCUUAUCUGAGACAGGUGGGAGAUCGCUCACGACAGCUGUCAAAGGAUGAAUGCUUGGUGAUUGGUCAACGACACUCUUUCAGUGUUGGCAGUACUCUGGUACACCUGGCUAUAAGGUUCCAACGCUCUGAGAUGCUCAGUCUCCUCCUAACACCAGCCUCCUCUGAGGCACGGAAGAGACUCCCCUCUGAAACUAGCCCCGACCUUGCCGCAAGCAUUAGAAAAGAAUUCAGCCUGUCAUUAUGGCAACACAAAGGAGAGUGGCCGGUUUAUUUCGUCACACAACUGACAACCUUCACACUACCUUCAGAUAUUCGCAAGUUCUGUUCGUCUGUUCAAAAGAAGGUACUAGAUGAGGUGGUCGACAGAGAUGUGGAGCAAGAGUUGGAUGAGGGUGCCAUCAUCAACUGGAGUACUGAGGUGGUGGGUGAACUGGGCAGUAAGCUCCACCCACUGUGGAACCGGACGGCUGGAGACUGUCUCCUCGACUCAGUGCUUCAAGCCACAUGGGGGGUCAUGGACCGAGAGUCGACUCUACGCAGGGCCAUGGCUGACAGCCUCACUGAUGGGGCCUCAAGGUUCUACGAUCGCUGGAAGGAAUCUGAGCAACGUCUGUCAAUGGCCCAAGGCUAUAGUCUAGACGAGGACCAACUGAGACAGGACUGGGAGGCGGUGCUGACACUGGCUGACCGACCAGGCAAGGCUUUGGAACAGGCUCACAUCUUCGUACUAGCACACCUCCUGCGACGCCCUGUCAUCGUGUAUGGAGUGAGGGUCGUCAAAAACUACCGUGGAGAGAACUUGGGAUUUGCCAACUUUGAAGGUGUGUACUUGCCGCUGCUCUGGGAGGCUAGUUUCUGUUGGAAGACUCCAGUAGGUAUGGCAUACACCAGAGGUCACUUCUCCGCUUUGGUCGCUAUGACAACACCACAACCCUCUGGUGCAGGGGUCCAUUCCAACGUGUCACAUGAAAAUCAUGUGACUUAUUUACCACUAACGGACAGUGAUGGGCAUCUACUACAAGUACAUUUUCUCACAGAACAAGAACUUGGUUCAGAGGAACGUCUACUGACUGAGUAUUGUGAUUGUCAUAUGACUCGUCUGGGCACGCUCACAGCCAAACAGGAAGUGUUACCACGACAACAGCCGACACUAAUGGUACAGCUGGUGGACGCUUGGUUGGACAGAUAUCGUAGAAUGGACAAACGCCAUGGAUCCUCCUCGGCAUGUCUCUAUGACUCUGACAACUAAUGUGUGGGUGUAUGAAUCAGGACGUUGUGUUCAAGUCUUUCAAUAUAAUUACAUGUGCAUGUGUCACUUUGAUUUUUUUAUGUUAAUUGACUGAUUUUUGUAAUAAUUGUGUUGCUGACAGAUCAUUUAUAAA